AUGAAGCAAGUCAUGGAAGACAAGAGGUACAAAGCUGCCGCAGAGGCCGCCAGCAUCAUCAGCCGCUCGCAGCCCCUGACCCCCGCCCAGCGGCUGGUGGGCUGGAUCGACCACAUCCUCCAGACAGGGGGUGCAGCCCACCUCAAGCCCCAUGCCUUCCAGCAGUCGUGGCAUGAGCAGUACCUACUGGACGUCCUCUUGUUCCUGCUGAUGGUCACCCUGGGCACCGCGUGGCUCUGUGGGAAGCUGCUGGGCCUGGUGGCCAGGUGGCUGUGUGGGGCCAGGAAGCUGAAGAAGGCUUGA